GAACCAUCAUCUGUUGCUUGUUUCCUCAGGUGGAGGCGGACGAGUCGUUGAAGGAGCAAAUCAAAAUGGCGAGCCAAGAGGAGUCUGUGAGGGAGUUCGUCGCUGUUACUGAUGUGGAUGAGGAGAGGGCCCGUUUUUUCCUGGAGUCCGCCGGCUGGAAUUUGCAGCUCGCACUCGCCAGUUUCUUUGAGGAUGGAGCGGAUGACGACAUAGUGACGCUUCCUCAACCUGAGGGGGGCUCCUCGGUGUCCCGGUCUGCAGGGUCAAGCACUCAGCCCAGGGUGACCUCCUUCAGAGAUCUGAUGCAUGAGGCAGAGGAGGAGAGUGAUGAGGAGGAAGGCCAAAGGUUCUUUGCAGGGGGAUCGGAGCGCAGUGGGCAGCAGAUCGUGGGGCCUCCCAAGAAGAAGAGCUCCAAUGAAGUGGUGGAGGAUCUGUUCAAGGGAGCCAGAGAACAUGGAGCUGUGCCUCUGGACCGGAGUGGGAGAGGCCCAGGAGAACCCAGUAAGGCCAAGCCCUUUGUAGGUGGGGGUUACAGGCUAGGAGCAGCCCCUGAGGAGGAGUCAACUUAUGUGGCUGGAGAGAGACAAGCUUCCAACAGCCAGCAGGAUGUACAUGUAGUGCUCAAACUAUGGAAGACAGGCUUCAGUUUGGAUAAUGGUGAACUCAGAAACUACAACGAUCCUGGGAAUGCCAACUUCCUCGAGGCAAUCAGAAGGGGGGAGAUCCCCCUGGAAUUGAGGCAGCGGUCUCGAGGGGGCCAGGUCAACCUGGACAUGGAGGACCACAGGGACGAGGACUUCACCAAACCUAAAGUAGCCUUCAAGGCCUUUGAAGGUGAAGGACAGAAGCUGGGAAGUGCCACCCCAGAGUUGGUUUCAGCUCCGGCCACCUCCCAGCAGGACCAGGCUGCCAACGAGGCCCAAGCCAGCGCUUCUGUGGCCCUCGACCCCUCCCAGCCCGUCACUAACAUUCAGAUCCGACUGGCAGACGGUGGCAGGCUAGUCCAAAAGUUCAACCAUACCCACAGGGUGUCUGACCUGCGCCAGUUUGUGGUGGCAGCUCGGCCCGCCAUGGCUGCCAGAGAGUUUGUUCUCAUGACCACCUUCCCCAACAAGGAGCUGUCAGAUGAGAGCCAGACGCUGCAGCAGGCCAAUCUCCUCAACGCUGUCAUCGUCCAGCGGCUAAAGUGAGGGAGAAGACUGAGGUCAAUCCCUGGUGGUGUGGCUGAGUACUGCAGCCAUGUGAAACCUGCUGCCCCUUCUGAGGGAGGAGAAAACAUGGACUUAUGUAUGGACUUCUAAUUUCUGAUUUUUGUUUUUCUAAAGUGAAAUGUAACAUUCUGCUCCCCAGACCCCACCCCUACUCUCACCCUCCACCCCUGUAUGGUCUGUGAUGGGCGGUAAUGAGGGGUGGGGGGGCUAAAAAUCUUCCAAAAUUGAGCUCUCAGUUCUCUCAGAGUUCUGGAAAACUGCAGAUGCUGUUGGAUUGUGGUUGUGAUGGGGGCGUGUUUACCUUACAGCAGUUGAUGGUUUAACCCAAAAACACAGCAGCAGUCCAGCUUUCUGACGAGCAGUUUGGUUGCAGUAGGUUGAGAUGUUCAGUAAACCUGGCUCUAUUCUCCAUUAACUUGCUCCCCACUUUUCCUUUUCUAUUAACCUUAAUUUGGUUCUGUUUACUGUCAGAUGCUGAAGCCUCACCAGAUCAGUGACAGAUAUCCAAUGUGUUUCUGUCUCAACAGCACAAACCACCACACAAGGAAAACUAGUGUCAUGUUAGUGGUUUUGCAGAAGUUUCCUUUUCUCUCCACAUACUCUUCCUGGAGAGAGAAGUGUAACAAUGUCAAACACCAAGGUUUUCUUCCCUCCAAACCAACCUAUACCAGUAGCCUUACUCUCCUUUACCCACUUCCACAAACACAUCUGUCCCUUUGUUCAAAUCAAGAUGGUUUAUUUUUUUAAGCUGCCUUUUUUCCCUCCUUUUUUCCUUUACAGAUUGCAAGAUUGUCCCAGUUACACAUUUUGAUAUUGUGUAACAUUACAGCUACACAUGGCUUUAUUGUCAACGGUCAAACUCAAGAACAUAUAGAUUGUAAACUCUGGUUUGUAGUAGUGGAAGUUGAACUCCUAUGACACACAUCUUCUAUGCAUCCUGGGGUAACACAGAAAUAUGUUUGGACCUCUGGUAAAAUAAAUCCAUUUUAUGGUUGAUGUAUAAAGA